ACUCGUCCCCAACCGCAAACCACCAUGGCGAACUCCACCAAGCUCCUCGCCGUCGCGGCACUGCUUGCGACCGCCUCGCUCGGCGCCGUGCUGCUCUCCUCCACCCGCGGCGCAGGCGUCCCGUGGGGCGGCGCGAGCAGCAGCAACAUCAUCCUCACCACCCUGCCGUUCAGCCCCAUGGACGUGCUGCCCCUCCUGCCGCGGCGCAUCUCCAUGGCGGCGCUCCGCGGCGCGUCGGACAUCUUCCCGGUGUUCGUGGGCGCGGCGACGGCCGUGCCGGCGGCGGACGCGGCGGCGAGCAGCGGGGUGGUGGGGUGGAAGGGCGCCUGCUUCUACGAGAACGAGGCGUGGCUCGAGUUCAACAACGACUCCGGCACCGCCUACGGCGGCGGCACCGUCCACAUCAAGGAGUUGAGUAUAUGUGUCCCUUGCAUAUGUCUUGCAGGAAGAAUAGAUUGAAUGUUCAUAUACAUUACCGGUGACACA